ACUUUACGGCAUUUUAGGCUCUCAAUUCGCAUGCGCGCUCGAAUCGGGAAGACACGCAGAUCAGGUAUUGACGCCGCCGCUUCGACUGCUGUAUGAGACUUGUGUCAGCACUUCAGGAACGCGAAAAGGAGAAGAGAAAAGAAAAGAAAAGAGAGCGACGAGGAGAAGUGUAAGUGAGCAACGGGAGGAUCGGGCUGGACGAGAUUACCGAGUGGGCGGCGAGAUGAAACGAAACUAGAGGCAAGGAAAGUAAAGCAGAGCAAGACGGGGGCAGGCGUGUCGAAGAGGCGGAAAGGCAACAGCAGCGUGUGGCAUAGGAUGCUGAUACCCUUUCCUGAUCUAACAGCGACUGAGUACACAUCAAGAUAAAAACGGCGCCUCCUUUCCCGUUGACGAGUCCAUCCCAGGGCUCUCCAUUGUGAGAAGGGGAUCUUAGAACACAAGAGCAGACACUGGUGGGGCGAGAAGAGUUUCACACGGAACAAUGGCCUCGGCCGACGGUGACGGCAUGGAUGAGAGACUGGCACACAUUAAACAAGAGGAGUGUGAGUGGGGCGCACCCGAGGAGCUGGUUGUGAAGGUGGAGAACUGUGAAGGGAAGAUUUUGGUUUUUAAAGAGGAAGAGGAAGAGGAGGAGUUCAAGGGUGAGACGGACCUUAAAGUUGAGGAUUCUAAAGAUUUCUUGGUUAGUCCGGGGCUGCACAUCCACGAAACUGGGAAUUGUUCCAAGCAAGAUCUCUGUGAAGAGUCUCAUUCCUGCUUACGGCAUCGGGUCACUAAUAUGGGAGAGAAUUCCGUGGUACUGAAAUCCGAGUAUGAAGAGAGGAUCAAUGAAGGGGACGGGCGAGAAUCCGAAGGGCAGCCGUCGCCUAGGAACGUUGGGAUGAUUUUACAGGAGAAUGGCAGCUUCUCCUCAUCACCAUUUGCUCUUCAGUGCAGACUGCAACUCAAACGGGACACAGAAAGGAUGCAGAGAUCAGAAAAUGUGAUGCAAGCAUCUUUACAGUGCUCUUCUUUACCUGCUGCCAAGCUGACAGAGACAGGAGUCGCCAACAUUAAUCAACAAAUCUUUCAUACAGAUCAAGAAGGUGCCAGUCGGGGGCGUUUAAAAACUUUGAAAAACAAAUCUGACUGCAAAGGUAAGUCUGUUCAUAGAAAAGCAAAGCCGUAUUCUUGUCCUGAAUUUGGAAAAAAAUUCCCCUGCAACAGCAGUCUUCAGGCACACGAAAGAAUCCAUACUGGAGAAAAACCUCAUUGCUGCUCUGAAUGUGGUAAACGAUUUUCUCAAUUUGCAAAUCUCCGAAGACAUGCAAUAGUUCACUCUGGAGAAAAGCCAUAUCGCUGUUCUGAAUGUGGCAAACAAUUCCUGCAUAAUGGCAAUCUUCAGGUACACAUGAGAAUUCACACUGGAGAAAAACCUCACAGUUGUUCUGAAUGUGGCAAGCAAUUUUCUCAAUUAUCCAGUUUCCGAAGACAUGCAAGAAUCCACACGGGGGAAAAGCCAUAUGUCUGCACUGAAUGUGGCAAACGAUUCACUUGCAAUACCCAUCUUCAGUCUCAUGUAAGGAUUCAUACUGGAGAGAAGCCAUAUUGCUGUUGUGUAUGUGGCAAACGAUUCCCCGUUAACAGCAGACUUCAGAACCACUUAAGAAUUCACACAGGAGAGAAGCCGUAUUGCUGUUCUGUAUGUGGCAGACAAUUCACUGAGAGUAGCGCUCUUCGUCUGCACAUGCGAAUUCAUACUAGAGAAAAGCCAUAUGGUUGUUCCGAGUGUGGCAAACGGUUCACGGAUAGUAGUGGUCUUCGUCUGCACACACGGAUUCAUACGGGAGAGAAGCCAUUUUGCUGUUCUGAAUGUGGGAAAAGAUUCUCCCGUAACAGUAGUCUCCACAAUCACAUAAGAAGUCACACUGCUCUGCAGGUCCGAAAUUGAUAGAAGAGUUUCCCAAAGGACCCCAACAAUCAUUCAAAAAGUAAUGAUGCAGAAAAACCUUAUUGCUGUUAAUAAAUGUGGUAAACUUAAAAGCAAAUGAUUAUAAACCUCAUUUUUUUUCCUAGGGAUAGGUUAUGGUAAUGAUACAAGGACACAUGGAAAAACAACAAUUAGGAGGCUGAUGAGCACCGAGAUGUGGUGCUACAGAAGAAUAAUGAAAAUUAGCUCAGCAAAGAAAUUGACAAAUGAAGAAGAGAACUGGCAUUAGAAAGAGUAUGAUGUAGAAGAUGAUGAGAAAAUAUAGAUUUGUGAGAUACACGUUUAAGGGGGUCAAUUUGGGGAAAAAAUGCAGUUAGUAAUAGAAUGAAAAAUAGAUGGAACCAGAGACAAGAUUGUGGAGCGAUGGUGUAAAACAGUGGUCAGAAUGGAAUAAAUAGGCAGGAGAUAAGUAGAUGGAAAGCCAUGGUUGUCAAACUUUGGACCGAAGAAGGUAUAUUAAAAGAAAUGCAGUAACGAAUUCUCACUUUUAAAUAAGUUUCAUUAAAACUUGGUAAUCCUCAGAGAAGAGAAGCCUUAGCGUUGUACUAACUGUGGCAAACGAUUCCCUAAACAGCAGUGAACUUAAUAUUUAUAAAAGAAUUCAUACUGGUAAGAAGGCUCAGACCAUAUUACAAUUCACAAUGGAGGAGCCCUGAUGGAAUAAUUUGGAGGGUGAAGAAUGAAGGGAGAACUGAACCGUAACUGGAGGAACUGCUCAAGUCUUGAUGAGUACCCUCACGUGGCGGACAUGGUUGUCAAAAACAUAUCAUUUUGCUGAUAAUCAGAAAGCACCUGCAGCGCAUCUUUUGCUCUUCAGCCCUUAGUACUGGCAAAGCUGUCUGGUCUCCAGCUAAAUGCACAAAAUUUGUAAAAGUUGAAGCCCGAUGAGGUAUGUGUGCACCUCCCAUGGUAAUAAAGCUGAUAGAGAAGAAGCCAACCUGAAGACGUGUCUCGAGUGUGAUGGCCUAGUGGAGAGUCGAGGGAUAUGCAGAUCUGCUGAGCACAAAUGGGACAAGUCUGUUUUAUUAGGUCAGUGGUGCUUCAAAGGAGACCUUGGGCCGAGUGUGUUAAAGUGGGCUCGUGUGCAGGGUUUAAUCAUGUUAGUGUCUGCAGUACAAUGGCUUAUCAGGGUGAAGAAUCAUAAUAAUGAAUUGGUUUAGUUCUGAAGGCCUGUGUUAUAAUGUUAUACAAACCUUUGUUAGUAAUAAUAAUAAAAACCUUGUUUCAAAGCUUUGCAAA